AUGAAAGAACAGCCAGAAGUGUUUUCAGUUCAGUUUCUCAAUGUCAUCAAUUACCGGUUCAUCCGUGACAAUCGCCUGUAUCUGAUGCUGGUACUGAAAGGAAGUGUCAGAUUAUCAGUGGCAGGAAAUACACCGCUGAAGGUUAAUAAAGACCAGGUUCAGGUUAUAAACCGUAACAGUGACUGGCAGAUUGAAGGAGACCAGGACAAUAUAACCGUCGUUGUGGCUAUUUCCCCGUGGUGGUUGUUCCACAGUGGAGAAGUGCUGAAUCAUACCCAUUUCAGUAUCGGACAUCACCCUUCUCCCGGACAGGCGCGGCGGCUCAGCCAGUUGAUUAGUCGUAUUGCGAUACUGUGGCUCAAAAAAAAAGAUGUCUGGCAACUGGAGCUCAACAAGGCGUUACUCGACAUCCUGUGCAUUCUGAUCCAACACUUCAGGUGCGAGCCAGCCACGGUACCGGUGACAGAUUUUACCUCGCGGACAAGCAGGGUGGUUGAUCUGAUUGAAAAGUGUUUCCGGGAAAAACUCACCCUGCAGUAUGUGGCUUCCAGGGUUCAUGUUACGGCCGCUCAUCUUUCCCGGCAGUUCACUCGUGAUAUCGGGAUGAAUUUUCGUGAUUUCCUGACAGGUAUACGUUUUAAUCAUGCUGUACAGGAAAUUGCACUGACCACCCGGCCAAUCACAACAAUUGUCAGUGACUGCGGCUUCAGUUCUUACCGACGUUUUUUAACGUUGUUUCGUCAUCGUUACGGUGUUCAGCCUGGUGUCUGGCGCCAUGACGUGAAAGCUGGCAGGAUCCGUUUUAUCAGGAACCAGACGUUACAGGAUCAGGGGGCCUGUGACACCCGCCAGAUAAAUCUGGUUGAACUGUUCUCUUUGCUGUCUGAUAUCCCUGACGAUACCCGGUCGUCCCCGGAACUGGAGAAUGUGCAGUGUGGUGAAGAAAUUCAUCUGCAAUCCGGGACAACCCGUGGAGCGAUAACACCCCGCCAUUAUGUGAUCUCUGUUGGUAGUUUUGAUGAGUUGCUGAAACAGCAUAUUCAGCAACAGUUAUUGUGUCUGAAAGAGCGUUUUCCGGAUUUUCAGGUGGAGGUCAGGGUUCCACUUUCCGAUAAUUUUUUUCCACGCAAUAUCGAUACAGGUGAGAUCAUUCCCACCUGGUCACCCUGGAGUAACCUUGAUAUUGCCUGUAACUUUCUCAGGCAUCUGGGUAUAAGUCUUAUGAUUCGCCUGGAACCGGAGGUCAGUACAUUUCACAACAGCGAAUUUGUGGUGCAGCUAAGAGAAUUCGACACCCACAAUGUGUUACUUCUGGGCAGAAAGUAUGUACAGAGCUGGUCGUUUAUCCUGGAUAUGCGAUCGCUAAAAAUGGUGCAAAUGACAAAGCGGCUGGCGUUCAGUCAGACGCUACUGAAUAUUGUACGGGAUUUGUUGCCCGGGGGGCGGGUUGGUCUGACGCUGUGCCGGUACGAAGAUUAUGAACAGCUGUUUUCCGGUGGACUGUCUGAACAGAUUGAUUUUAUUGGUCUGUCACUUUAUCCCAACGCGUGUUGUAAUUUUAUGCACGAAGCUGACUAUACACCACCGGAAAAUCAUGAUGUGAUUUGCCAGCAACUGGAAGGCGUGCUUCAGUUGUUUCGUAAACACAAGGUUUCCUGUCCGUUGUAUCUCCAGUCGUGGAGUACGUUGACCGGAAAUACGCUGAUGACUAAUGGGCGGUUCUUUCGUGGUGCCCUGUUGAUGGAUAUGUUGCUGGUGUUACCAAAAGAGAUCAGUAUGAUUGGACUGUAUCUUAAUUCCGAAUUACAGCACGAGGUAUCAUCAGCACGGGCGAUCGAAAAUAACAGUCUGUCGUUGUUUUUUACCGCCACCACCAAACGACCGAUUUUCCAUAUAAUCCUUCUCAGGGAACGCCUGCAGGGGGCUGUAAUUGCUUCCGGCUCUGGCUGGGUCGCGACGCGAGAAAACAAUACUUAUCGGCUGUUGUUACUCAAUCCGGUGACCAUCAAUCCGUUACUGUCAGUUCAGGAACAUUUGCUGAAUGACUACAGUAAACGUUUCAGUGUACAUUUUUUGCCUGGGCAGGCGGGGAUCUGGCGUAUUAAGCAGUGGAUGUUCGACCAGAAGAAUGGCGCGCUCUAUUACCAGUAUGGGCUGCAUCCAACUCUUUACGAUCGUGAUGAAGAAACCAUGGACUAUAUCAGCCAACGUUCAGCACCGACUUUUUGUGUACGUGAUGAACGAAUUUCCGGAGAGUGGAACACCGAUAUAGUAAUGGAUAUUAAUGCGGUCUGUUUUCUGGAGUGGGUCAGGGUGGCUGAUUAA